AUGGCUCCGCCAUUGGAAAAAACAGACUGCAUUGUCAUUGUUGGCGCAGGUGUGUUUGGCCUGAGUACUGCUCUCCACCUGGCAGCGAGAGGCUAUACCGACGUCACUGUCUUCGACGCACAGCCCUAUGAAAGUACAAAAUAUGACUACAUCUCCGGCUGUGAUUCUGCUUCUGCCGACAUGAACAAGAUUAUCCGGUCUGCAUAUGGCGAACAAACCGAAUACCAAGACCUCUCUAGAGAAGCUAUCGAGUGCUGGGAGGAGUGGAACCAAGAGAUUAGCACGGGCAGAUGCGUACCUGACGGAAUGACUAGAGCAGAUAAGGUCUUCAUCAACAACGGCCAUCUCUCGUUGACUGACCGAGAUGAACUUCCGGAAUUUGAGAAAGCAACCAUCAGAAAUAUGGAGCGAGCGGGUUUCAGCGAUACCCAGCUCAUCACAACUGACAGCCAGCAUGAGGAAAUUGCCCGCGAGAGAGGCUUUGGCUACGCAAUGGAUCCUUUUGAACGCAAAUCAAAAGGUGAAAGCUAUCUCGGUGUUCUAGACACUACCGGUGGGAUAGCCAUUGCAGAUAUGGCGUGUCGUUUCGCCCUCCACAAGGGAAAGGAGAUGGGGGUUCGCUUCGUCCUGCAUCCUGAUGCCGGUUGUUUUGAGGCAUUCUGCUACGACGAUCGACAAAGAGUUACGGGGAUUAGAAUGAGAGACGGCCGAAAACACCUUGCAUCGAAGGUCAUUAUGGCGUGCGGCGGGUGGACACCAUCACUGAUCCCAGAGCUCGACGGUAUCUGCGAAACGACAGCUGGGUCAGUGGUGAUGUUGAAAAUCCCACCAAAAUCACCUCUUUUCGAACGUUUCGAUCCAGAGAGGUUCCCGUCUUGGUCAUAUAGAAUGCGAGAUGGGGCCAUUGGUGGUCUCUAUGGCUUUCCCCGAGAUGAAAGAGGGUAUAUGAAGAUUGGGUAUAGAGGCACCAAAUAUACCAAUCCUACGAUGCAAUCAGACGGCAAGGAGCGCAGUGUGCCCAUCACAAGAUAUACAGCCGACGAGAAGAUUACACAACUCCCCAAGCAAGCGUUGACAGUCGUCGAGUCUUUCAUCAGAGACUUUCUCCCAGAAAUGGUCGAGGAAGGGAUCGAUAUCCAGUUGACCCGACUAUGUUGGUAUACGGACUCUUUCGACAACCACUAUCUCAUCGACACCUUGCCUGGUCAAGAGUCGGUGCUGAUCGCGACAGGCGGCAGCGGACAUGCCUUCAAGUAUCUUCCCAACAUUGGUAAGUGGAUAGUCGACAUCAUCGAGGGAGUUGAUAUGGAUCGCCAGUUGGUCAGAAGUUGGAAAUGGAGGACAUUGCAAGCAGGUCAACAACCUGUGAAUGUUCUCAUGGAGGGUAGCAGUGGUUCAAGAGCGCUCAAGAACGUGGAAAUGUCUACCGACGAUGAUUUGAAGUUUGCCCGGAGAAGCCCGAACCUGCUGAGAAACUUCUCGGAGAUGGGCUACAUCAAAGGGCGCAAAUUGGUCGAGUCAGAGCUAGAGGCACGAGACCACAAAAUUGGCUCUGACAUGUCCAACGCCGCCGCCGCCACCAAGCCGCUUGUUGUGGCUCUCGGAGAUCCAAAAUAUGUCGGUGAUGAAUUCCUGGCAGAGUUCAAGCGGGAGUUCGAUUUCGAGAUCCUCCCAGCAACGAAUCGGCAGGAAACCCAGGAUCUCCUCCCGAAAUUCAUAGCGAGCUCUCGUCCGGUCGAUGCCUUUAUCAUUCGUAUGGGCACCAUUCCGUACGAGCCGUUCGAUGAGGGUCUUCUAGGCAGCUUGUUGCCUCAAUGCAAGAUCAUUGCCUCUGCUUCAGCGGGUUUUAAUGAGUUUGAUGUCGACUGGAUGACGCGGAAUAAUGUCUGGUUCUGCAACACUCGCGACGCCGUCGCUGAAGCGACUGCAGACAUGGCCAUUUUCUUGAUCCUGGCAGUGCUGAGAGAUACCACCCGAAGCGAGAAGAGUGCCAGGACGGGGAAUUGGAAGCAAGGCCUUGUUCCCAGUCGAGAUCCAACAGGGCUGACGCUCGGGAUCGUGGGUAUGGGGGCGAUUGGAAAGUACACGGCAAAGAAGGCCUCAGUCUUCAACCUGCGAGUCAAGUACUACAACCGCAAGCGACUCCCCCCGGACGUGGAGAGGGAGUACAAUGCCGAAUACUGCUCAUCGCUGCACGUCCUCCUCGCCGACGCGGACAUCGUCUCCAUUUCCUGCCCACUCAACGAGUCGACCACGAACCUCAUCUCGCACGCCGAAUUCGCCGCCAUGAAACCGGGCGCCUUCCUGGUCAACACGGCCCGGGGCGCCAUCAUCGACGAGGAGGCCCUAAUCCAAGCUCUGGAGUCGGGCAAGCUGACGCGCGCCGGCCUCGACGUCUUCUGCAACGAACCCAACGUCAACCCGUAUUUCUGGGAGAGUGACAAGGUCGUGGUUCAGCCGCACAUGGGCGGGUUGACGGACGUGGCGUUUAUGAAGUCCGAGAGGGAGUGUUUUGAGAAUAUUCGGAGUCUUUUCCGGACGGGGAGGCCUGUCGCGCCGGUGAAUGAGGUGGUGACCAUGUAG